GCUUAGAAGGAGAAGAUGGAAGAGGAGAGGAAGAUAAGAGGACAAGAGAAGAGGAGAGAUUUGGAAAUGGAAAGAUAUAUAGAGAGGCAAACGUGUUGACGAGGAGAGUACGAUAACGUGGGGAGAGAGAGGGGGUGGAAGGGGCCCAUCUACCGCCCAUAUGCGCGCUGUCUUUGCCAUCCAAGCCCAGACUAAAUAGCCCCAAAACCAUCAUCCAUCUCCUUCUUUUGACCAACCCUUACCCUAAACCGGUUCCAAAACUCCCCAUCCUCCUGAACUCCAACAAUUCCAGCCACCAAAGAGCAAGUACGUGCACCACCAAGGAGGAGCAGCAAAGGAGAAUGGAAAUCUGGCUGGGAGAUUCCGGUGGGGACUCCUCAGCUUCGUCGGGCAGUGCAAAAAAGGAGAAGAAGAGGGAGGAAUACAGCAGUCUUUCCGUUAGUCUUUCCCUUUUCUCUUAAUCAAUUGAACUACCCUACCACUGGUUACCUAUCUGCUUUCAACACCUUCUUCUUGCUCCCUUUCUUUAGUCCUCUCUUUGCUUCGGUUGCACUGUUUCAUUUUCUAAGAAAAUUGAGGACGAGAAGAUAGGAUAAAGGGAAGAACAAUAUAAGGAAGAAUGGAUCCGUUGGCGGCAUCUGCACACGGCCACCACCUCCCUCCUCCCUUUCACACCCGAGGCUUCCACCACCUCCACCAGCAGAAGCACCUCCCACACCGCCAGCAACCGAAGGCCGAGGAGGAGAACAGCGGCAGCAGCGGCAUGAACCAUGGCGAGAAACGGGAUCUCGAGGAUAUCAACAACAGUAACAUCCACGACAACAGCGACAGGAACAGCGGCGAGGGGAAGGAGCUGGUGCCCGCACCGCUGUCAGGCAGUGGCGGAGAAGGGGAGAUGACGCGGCGGCCCCGCGGCCGGCCCGCCGGAUCGAAGAACAAGCCGAAGCCGCCGAUCAUCAUCACGAAGGACAGCGCCAACGCGCUGCGGUCGCAUGUGAUGGAGAUCGCGGCUGGGUGCGACAUCGCUGAGACUGUUGCCACCUUCGCCCGCCGCCGCCAGCGCGGUGUCUGCAUCCUCAGCGGCAGCGGCACCGUCACCAACGUCACCCUCCGCCAGCCUGCGUCGCCGGGGGCCGUCGUGACACUCCACGGCUGUUUUGAGAUCCUCUCGCUGUCCGGAUCCUUUCUGCCCCCGCCCGCCCCCCCUGCCGCGACCGGCUUGACGAUCUACUUGGCCGGCGGGCAGGGGCAGGUUGUGGGCGGUAGCGUGGUCGGAGCCCUGAUAGCGUCGGGCCCCGUGGUUAUAAUGGCGGCGUCGUUCAGUAACGCCGCCUACGAGAGGCUCCCUCUGGACGAGGAGGAGCCUGUACCAGCCCCGGGGCCUCUCGACUCCCCGGGACUGGUUGGCGAUUCACCACCACCACCACUGCAGCAGCAGCUUCUAGAUCCCAACACACCUCUUCUCCACGGUCUGCCGCCGAAUCUACUCAAUAAUAUCCAACUGCCGGCCGAGGCAUACAGUUGGGCCACCGGAGGAGGCCGUCCCCCGUACUGAUUGUACUGAGCUGCUCUUGUUUGUUUAGUCUCUCUACUAAGUUGCACUGUGAAUGGAAGCCUUGCCGGAGACCCAACUAGCUGGGGUCAAUUAUGGUUGCAGUAUUAAGGCUUUCUUCUCUCUCCUUUCUCGUUUUUAUCAUAUUUAGAUGCUUUCUUCUCUUUGUGCUGAUUUAAGAAUGCUUGUACAAAUCUAUGAAUCCUUGGUGGUUUCAAUUUGAUGAGAAAGCUUAAAGGAAUGGCCGCAACACAAAGAGCUAGGUGUUGAGGAAGAAGAGAACGGAAAAAUGAUGACCUUUUUUUUUCUUCUCGUAAUUUCUCUCACUCCGUCUUCCGAUCUGGUGCACUACAUUUUGGCAGUGAAGUUUCACUCAUUUUCUUA